AUGAGUCUUCAACAAGUCUCGGCUCACACUAUGACCUUCAUCACUGGUGACAACAUUUGGGAUCAAGCACUGACUAACGUGAUUGAUCUGAGCGCUGGCGCUGUUAAACGAGCAGCAGAGCUAGAGGGGGAGGUCAACGAGCUGCGGAGGGAGGUCGCUACCUGGAAGCAGGCUCAUGCAACCCUGCGCGAGACCGCCGAGUGGGCGGUCACCAUGAACGAUGCUGCACCCCUUCGGAGGCAGCUGUACGCUGUCACCCACCCUCCUGAGCCGCAGAGCCGAUCCCUCGUUUUCUGCGUGAUUAACGGAAACGUUAACCCGUUUCAUGACGAUCUCGUCGCGAGAGGGUUUGAGGGGGGCCAAAUCGCGGCUCAAGAAUUGACACGAACUAUCGCUGAAUAUUUAACCAACGAAGGAGCCAAAAUCACGUCGACUAACAUAUCUUUCUGGACUACCGUAUUCUUCAACAAAACUGCGCUUUUAGAUCGUUAUGUAUCAGAACAAAUUUGCAGCAGGGAGACCUUCAGAAACUUCAACGCGGGAUUUAGCCAAGCAUCGACACGCUUUGCGAUGGUUGAUGUAGGCCCUUUCAAGGACGUCGCUGAGGCUAAAAUUCGAGAGUAUCUCGAGACGUAUACACGGUUCCCGCAGACGCUGCGGCUCUUCAUCGGUGGUGGCGGCAGCAAUUACACCGAGACGUUCCGCACCUUGAAUAUGGAACGACUUCUAGGAAAGAUCGUAUUCCUCGGCGGACAUACCGAUGCGCCAGGGCAUCGAGGUCAUGCGACAAUUUCGGCGCCAACGCUAGAGGUCGAAGGUGUAUUUCAGCCUCCGUCCUCCCACCUGCCACCCCAGAAGCCAUCACCAUUAACGGUGCCAACAUCAAAUGUGACGGUAGCCACUAACGGGGGCCUGAUCAGUCCGAAGUCGCCGUCCCGCGGAACUCGCUUGAUAGAUCCCACCUUGCCGCUUCAUAAACGUACGCCAGAUGUCACGUUCUGCCCGGAAGGCGGAUGGGUGGCUGAUAAUAGCAUCCAAUCUAUAGAGAACCCGCCCCCAUGCAACGAACAUUAUCUGAUGACUUGCUCAAAAGGACCCGCGCUCUGCAAGUACAGUCACGAUUACUUGCUGACUCCGGAGCAGCUCGCUUGCCUAGCGAGUAACGCGAAGAAGGCACCGUGCAAUUGGCUGAAGAAUGGUCUACAAUGCCCAUAUAAAGAACGGUGUUGUUGGGGGCAUGUGUGUCCAAACGGUCCGAAAUGCUUCCAUCUCAGUAAGGGUAAAUGCUGGUUCAAAGGAGCUGCACUGCACGCGCCCACUCUCCGUAUCACAGAUGGUGCUUCCAACCACAGCUAA